GCUGCAUGAAGCUCACUCCAUUGGCAUUGAGAGCACGCAGCGAGUCUAUUUACCCAGCGGCAGCGUCUCACGCUUAAUGAUUCUGCCAUACAAAACACAUGCCUCAGCUUAUGUAGCCGACUUGUCUUUAAAUAAGCGUGGCUGCUACUUAAGCCAAGAGCGCAGUCUCUUUCACUUUGCAGUUUAUAGUGAGGACAAUUGUCUAGCUGAGUGUCGCAGUCGUGCCAUAUACGAAAAAUGUAACUGCGCUUCACCUUUUAUGCCCAAGCGAUCAGCAUGGCCUAUUUGUCAAUUGCAGCAGCUCAGCUGUGUGCUUAACCAAGAUCUCAACUGGUUGAAGCGCCAGCCUCUUUGCAAUUGCUUGCCCGCUUGUCACUUUCAUCGCUAUGUGCUGCAAAGCGAUAUAACUGCCCUAGAUAAAAACUCAGCUACACACACUAACGAUGUCUUUUACAAGCAGCUCAAUGUAUCGGACGAAUUAAUUGUUAACAUACAUUUUGUUGCUUUGGGCGGCGAGCAGUUGCGUUUCGAUGUCUACGAGACAUGGCUGACAUUUAUAGGUAGGCAUAGUUUUGAUUAAUGAGUUCGUCUGCUUAAUGGGGCGUAUACUUAAUGUUCGGCAGGCACCUUUGGCGGCAUCACUGGCCUAUUUAUGGGCUGCAGUUUUGUAUCGGUAUUUGAGCUAAUAUUUUUUGUAUGUGUACG